AUGAAAGCCCUAAUUCAAGUGUCGUGGAUGGCACCUCUACGACGGGCGGGCAUACGACUUCAUCACAUUCGGAUGAUGCAAGUCGACUUCUCAUGCAAGUUCGUGGAGUGUCUCGAAAAUCACAAAUCCGCCUUUCACCAGACGUGA